AUGGAGGAGACGAUGCAAGCUCUGCAAAACCAAGUCGCACAGUUGAGUAGACAGCAUGAUACCCUAAGUCAAGCACUACAAAGAGCCGAACAAGCGUACGAACAACAAAGCGCAGCGUUGACAGCCACUCGCAACGAGUUGAGCGCGGCCCUAACCACAAAAGCAAGCAGUGCCAGUGUUGAGGACCCAAACCUUGUGGAUUCCAGGAACAUUCCGAAACCACCUGUGUUUGAUGGGAAGCGUGAAAGUUGGGAAAGAUGGAAGUACGUGUUUGUAGCUUGGAGUUCUACAGUGAAUGCGGCUUACCCAGGUUUGUUUGACAAGGCCGAAGCCUCAACGACGCCCAUAGAACAUGUCACGUUGACAGCAAAUGAGGUCCGCUUGAGUAAGGCUUUGUUGACGAUCCUUAUGGGAUAUGCGCCGGACUCAGUGAUGAGCAUGGCCCAACAUGUUUCCGAAGCGCGGGAGGAACCAGAACCGAACCCCAAACCCGAAACUGACGCAAUGACAGUAGGAGCCAAGGUGCAGACAACAGAAUUGCAGCCAGUUCCGAGGCGGUUGGCAUGGCAUUGGGUAGGUGAAACAUGUUUCAAGUUGAAAGAUGAUGCGGCAAGCGCGCAGGCAGAACCCGAAGCGCCCGAUCCACAUGCCCAACAUGGCAUGGAGCACGCACACUUCAUGGAGAAAACCGCUGACAGACCCAUCAUUCAUCCUAUGUCAUCUCCACCGGAACCAUCCCCGCAAGAGCGAGCAGAACACAAUUUGCAUCAUGCCACGUAUGCGUCCUGGUGUCCACACUGUGUUGCUGGACAGGGUAGGCAAGCUCCCCACAUGCAACGCCACACGGACACACCGGAACACAUCGUGCAUGCAGAUUUCAUGUACUUUUCUUCCAAAGGCGAAGAGGUUCAGCCUGGCGACUUGCCAGAGGGGGCAGACGGGGGUGAUGUGGUGACAGUUCUUACCGCCAUUGACAAGGACUCGCGUUGGCCUUUCGCAGUUGUGAUUCCUUCCAAAAAAAUUGACGACCCCAACAGUUAUGCAGUGAAAUCCUUGGAAACUUGGUUGUUAGGCCUUGGUUGGAAACAGUUCACUUUUCAGACAGAUCAGGAACCAGCAAUCAUGAAACUUGCAAACACGGUACGUAAGAAGAUGGGACAUGACAAAAUGCAGGCGCGACAAAGUCCCAGGUACUCUUCUCAGUCCCUCGCUGAAGGAGAAACCGUGAACUAA